CAACAGCUGAGAGGACAGAACCGUUUGUGACAGGACUCUACAUUCCCCCAGAACACAGAAACUGACUCUGAGUUUCUUCUUUCCUGUAAAAAAAAGUUUUUUUGGCCUCAGCAGCUUCCGUCUCCUUCACUGGAUUUUUCUUCUUUGGUGUGUUUGGGACUGAAUCAUGGAGCUGUCGGAUAUCUCUUUCCCCAUCCCUGCCGCCGAUGAUUUCUAUGACGACCCCUGCUUCAACACCAGUGACAUGCACUUCUUCGAGGACCUGGACCCGCGGCUGGUCCAUGUGGGCCUACUGAAGCCGGACGACUCCUCCUCUUCACCGUCACCCUCCCCUUCCUCCUCCUCCGCUUCCUCCUCCCCGUCAUCCCUCCUGCACCUCCAUCACCACGCCGAAGUGGAGGACGACGAGCAUGUCCGUGCCCCCAGCGGGCACCAUCAGGCGGGCCGCUGCCUCCUCUGGGCCUGCAAGGCCUGCAAGAGGAAGACCACCAACGCGGACCGGCGAAAGGCGGCCACGCUGCGGGAACGCCGGCGGCUUAGCAAAGUCAACGACGCCUUCGAGACCCUGAAGCGCUGCACGACGGCCAACCCCAACCAGAGGCUGCCCAAAGUGGAGAUCCUGCGCAACGCCAUCAGCUACAUCGAGUCCCUGCAGGCGCUGCUGCGCGGCGGGCAGGACGACGGCUUCUACCCGGUCCUGGAGCACUACAGCGGGGAUUCAGACGCCUCCAGCCCACGAUCCAACUGCUCCGACGGCAUGACGGAUUUUAACGGGCCGACCUGUCAGUCAAACAGAAGAGGAAGUUACGACAGCAGCUCUUAUUUCUCCGAGACUCCAAACGGCGGUCUGAAGAAUGACCGGAGCUCAGUGGUCUCCAGCCUGGACUGUCUGUCCAGUAUCGUGGAGCGGAUCUCCACCGACAACAGCAGCCUGCUGCCGGUCCCCGAUGGUCCUGGGUCUCCCCCAACAGACCCAGCCAGUGAGGUAGCAGCACCAGGGCCCGUGCAGAUUCCCUCCCCGACCGCCAGCCAGGACCCCAACCUGAUCUAUCAAGUCCUAUAGACUUUCACACCUGGGACUUUACCAUCCUGUCACACCGUCCAGUCAUACAGCACAGAUCCACACACUUAAGCUGAAAAGUAUGGAAGCUCAGUUCUGCCAGAAAAAUAAUUCAUCAUGUUCAAGAUGGCCCACUCAUUCACAUCUCAGAGUCUUCAUCAAUGGAUGGAGUUUGAUAUUUUAUAUUAAAUUUUAUAGAUUUUAUAGUUACUGCACAGACGUCAUGCACUGAUGAAGACUGUGAGAUGCAAUUAAAAGCUCUGGAAAUGUGCCAGAAUGUGAGCCUUUUCUUUACAAGAUACAGUGUCUCAAUUACACAAUGUUUCUUUGAGAAUUUGACCUUUUGUUGCUCUCAAAGGAAAACUGAAAUACAGUUCAUUUAUUUUUAUGGCGUAAAUGACCUUCCAUACUUAACCCCCAUUCUCGUUCCUGCUGUAAAAAUCAGUGGAGUAAAUUUUAGGUGUAGGUAUACAACCACUUGAAUGCUGGUAAAUGUAGUUUUGCAACAUUUUAAAAACAGGUUUACCGAUGAAUAGAGAUCAGUUCUUGCUCUAUUUUUAUUUUGCUUUAUGAAAAAAUAUUUUCAGGCUCAGCUGAGUCAGUCAGAUGGAGUUUUCUUCCUCUCUGUGUAUCGGUCUAUUUGAUGAAGGACGGAGGCCAAAAAAGAAAAAAAACAAAACAAAAAUCCAUUUACAUUCCUCCACUUUUGUCCAUCUGAAGUCCUAAAAGCCCCAGCUGUUUGAUUCCCUCAGGAAAAAAAGAAGAAGAAGAUUUUAUAAAG